AUGCAAUUUACCAGUCCACCUCAAUAUUAUUGUCAUCCAAUUAUUACGAUUCAAAAAGCCGCUAACAAGUGUUGCCCUGCAGGACCUGCAGAUGCUCAUCAAGGUGACAAUUCAAGUACAGAUGAGGAUUUAGUCGAAAUUAUGAACUACAAAAUAAGGAGCCGCUGUGGGUUGGGCCAUCCCGAUCGACCAAAUCCAGUUGACUUGGCUGCGAAUUUCACGGAUUUUGCUGAUAAAAUGGUCGCCAAUAAUUUGAUCAAGAUUGAAAAUGAGCCCUUUGCAUCAGCAUUCCAGAGUCAUUACUCUUCUUCUGAAGUUGCUGAUGGGUUUCGAUCCGACCGCUUAGCCAGAUGUGCCGCCGAAGCCAGCAAAGAAAUUUACAAAUUUCGAUCACGGUCACCAAAUCCUAGCUUACAAAAUCUUGUUCCUGAAGCUGCCAAUGAACUUCAAUCACUACCGCCCAGGCGUCAAAGUCGACUGACAUCAAGCCAACGUUUUCGAGAUCGAGAUCCUGUUUCUCCAGCUGUCAAUCAACUUCAAUCACUACAGCCAAGACACAGCUCAGAGUACUCUGCUCUUGGGGCUCGCAAGAAACACCAUCAAAGCCGAUUGGCAUCUGCCAAUCAAACCUUUCUGGAUCCUGCUUCUGGUACUGCUAAUCCACCGGAACCACGCUCUCCUUUUAAAGCUGGCAAGAAAAGGUAUCACUUUGCUCCGUAUCCACCUCGUAGCACUCGAGAGGCUCUCUCAUCCUCUCCUUCAGCCGCCCCAAGGAUACUUCGAUCUCAACCACCACUACUAGCCUCUGCCUUAAAAGAUUCUUCCUCUGAAGCGGAGACCGGAAUUCGUCGACUUCAAUCGUCAUCACUGACUCAUGGCUUCAAAAGUGGAUCAGAUCACACAAUUGCUAUAUCAAAACCUCUAUCACCAAUACAUGAUUCAAUAAGCUCCACUUCUGAGACUGUAGUACCCGAGUUUAUACAAAGAUCUACCCAAAAAAUGCCAAUUCCUCGAGUAGAUCUCACGUUUGAGGGUAAUGUAUCUUCAGCGGCACAAACUAAAAGAUCCAGUGCUGGAGGGAAAAAAGAAAAUGACAUACCAACCACUUCGAGCUGCCACUGUAGAUUGUCAACCACGCGGUCUAUUUUGGCAAGUGGACUUGGUCCCCUUGAAAAUCUGCUGGAGAAUAACAUGUGCAAUGGAUACAUGUAUAAGGAAACCGCGCACAUCUUUCUCAGAAUGUUUAAUGAAGUAAGAUUGGUGCAAGAUUGUGUUGAACACGUUCACAACUGUCCAAAUUCCGUGAUCUGA